AUGAAGAAGUCCGACCCGACAGGUCAUGGAUGUGGCUUCACGGGCUCGACCACGGGGACGCCAGUGCGACACAAGAGCCAAGAGCAGAGCCAAGGACAGGAGGGGAAGAAAACGGGCGAAGGGAACACGCCUCCUUCGCCCAGCGUGUCCUCGCCGACGGAGAGGGCGCCGCUGCCCAAGAUCGCCGUUUCGCCGUCCAACGUGCGAGCGAGGAUCGCCGGGUCGCCCAAGGUGAAGGUUCGGGGCUCGACUGUCACCAUCGAGUCUCCCAGGUCUUCGUCUAGCCUCACCAAGAGCAGCACACAACAGCUCAAGGAGCGGCUGAGGGAGCUGAAGGCGGACCAGCGGCGCCACGGCGGCUCGGGGUCCGACUCCGACUUCUCCGACCUGACGCAGAGCGACGACCUGACCAUAACCGGCAGGAGAUCGCCGGGGAAGUCCGCGGGAAAGUCGCCCAGAGCCUCCAAGCGCGACUCUGAGAGCAGAUCGCCGAGCAAGUCUCCGAGUCGCACGCCGGUCCUGUCCCGCAAGAAGGAAGCGGAGAGAGACGACUCAAAGGGCCAAGAGGAGGAUGGAGGAUCCGAGAACCUCCUUGGCUGCGAAGGAGGCGGGAAGGAAGGGGCGAGAACCGCGUCCUGCGCUCGACCCGUCUCUUUACCUGACGAAAUCAGCCACGAGCCCCAAAUCAGCACCACUAGCGUUUCUGCCCCGACGUCGACUUUCCACACGACCAGCGGCUCUCAGGUGGACCAGACUAGAGGCUUUAUGGGAAGGCAGUCCUCCGACGCCUCCCGGGAGCACGGCAGCGCGCCUCAGAAGCCCUCGCGGCCCCCCUCCUCCGGCAGGGAGACAGAAUCACAGCCCCCCCUCGCAGAGCCACUCGCCAACACCAAGGGGAACCUUCGGGAGGCGCUGACCAACGGAUCCGUGAAGGCGGAGCAGGUCCCGAGCGCGCAGCUGGACUUCAAGAGUGACUGCGAGCGCAUCCAGGUCCCCGCCGCAGGCCAGGGAAGGCGGCACUCCAUGGAGCCCAAGAAGAGCCCGACACCCCAUGGGAAGCGCUCGGCUGAGACCCGGCGGAGUUCCUCCGUCACCUGCAAACACGAUCGCGACGCAAGAAAGAUUUCAGAGUUGCGCAAGGCCACGUCGGUCUCCAAGGGAAGCGUCGGCAAGGAGACCAGAGAAGCACUCAAGAAUAUAAGCUAUUAAGUAUCCAUAUUAUCGUAUAUACAAACAAGGUGACGAGUGGGGGGGGAAUGAAACGCCGUCAACCGAAGGAGCGAUAACGGAGAAUCAUGUGUAUGAUUUUUUUGUUAUCUUCUCCUCAUGUGAUCGUUUUAUUCCUUUAUGUACUUAUCUUGGUUACAUUCACCUGAACUGCCUAAGACUAGGUUGUUUAGACACGUGCAUCAGGAUUGAUAUUCAGAGUUGACACGCGUUUGAUCUUUGUGCAAUAACCAGUAUGUGUUAAAUGACAUACAUACGAAUACUUAAAAUCAACAUUUAUGAUAGUCAUCAGAUCUAUAUUUAUGUACAGAUGUUUGAACAAAAGUUUGCAUUAAAUGAGUUCAUUUCUUUUUUUAACGCUUCAAGAUUUAUUCUAAAGAGUGUGCAAUGUCUUGAAUGUCAUAGGCCAGCUAUAAAUUGUGAAAUUACAUCCAUAAUGUAAAUAGACUGCUGGCGGAAAGGCAGGAUGUUGUUACUUAAAAGUGCCGUGUAUGACAGGAACAAAGAUUAAGAUUUUCUUAUGGUUUUCAGGUACAAAUUAUAAUCCUAAUGUUGCCGUGUACACCCUGAGUAAAGCGAACUAGUGAUAGACUUAUAUAGCUGAGUGAUCUUCUGUUUUCAACUUAUUAUCACAGCAAAUGCAACAGUAGCCUAGUGAUGUUAGAUUAUUCUCAGCAUAAUAAUCUUGUUUUGUUGUGACUGACUUGAGAUAUUUUAUAUACUUGUGUCAAAUUUAUACUCAGAACGUAUGAGUCUUACACAUUUUAAUGUUCUUUAUCUGUGGUAACCAAUGCUUUAUAAUGUUUAAGGAUUAAAAGUGCCAAAUCAUAAUGAUAAA